AUGGAUCCCGUCCAUAGCCUGGCCGAUGCUACAGCUGCUACGGCGGAGACCUCGUCGUCACCAUCCCCUUCAACGUUGGUUACAGUUCGCGAAGAAGACGGCUGCAAUUUCGCCGAGUCCGCCGCCCCAACUCCCGGUUACCUUGUUGCUGGUACACUAAAAUCCACCUCGCCGACGUCGCCGCCAGCAAAGGUCGAUGAGAGUUUGGCUCGUCAUACCAUGUACUCUCCGACUCCGUCUCAUCCCAUACACUCGGACUCACUUCCGCCGCGCAAGAAUACCUUGUCUUCCAUCUCGACCCAGGCCACCACGGCCACUACGGCGACCACGGCCUCUGCCGAGACCAACAACACAUCGUACAGUGCCGAAACCUCGCCUGGUUUGCAUCAGUCCAUCUUCUCAGUCAAAGACGGCUCCGACGUCUCCAACAUCCGACGCCCCAGCAGGAGAAGGACUGGACCUUUGUCACAGCAAUCCAGAGAGCGGGCCGCCUUGAUCAGAAAGCUGGGGGCGUGCCAUGACUGCCGUCGAAGACGGGUUGCCUGCCAUCCCAGCCACCACAACAUGACCUGGGAAGAUUUGUUACAUCGGUUUCACAGAUCGCAGAGCCUCAGCACUCAAGACAUGACGCCUUCCACGGGCGCAGGACGUCCACUAAGCCUAGCUUCAUCACUAGGCGCUUUCCAACAAAAUCUCGCGCACGACGCCCAAGAAAUGGAUAUAGACUCUUCGCCAGCUGCACACCAUCAGCCCGGUCGACCACCAUUGAGCGAGGCGCGAAUUCGCACCCCGUUGCCGUCUGGCCCAAGACUGGAAAAGUCUUUAUCCUUGCCAGGAAUUGAGAGCCUCAAGAAUGAAUUGCAGCACAAUGUACCAAGAAUCCUAUCCACAGCCAACCGCGGGAGGUAUACCUCUGUUCAGGUAUUGCUUCUCUUCUGGCACGACGACGACGACGCCAUCACCGUACAGAAUGCAGUGCGAGAGUUGGCCCAUGUGCUUGACAGGUCUUAUCACUAUGCGUUUCAUAUACACGCUAUUCCAUCUGCUUCAGAUAGUUCCAAGAGCUCAUGGAGAUGGCUUUCACGCCGGCUGAACGAUUUUGCCGAAGAUUGCGACCAACGCGACGUUUUGAAAAUCGUUUAUUACGCUGGACACACAUGUCUCGAUGGCAACAGGGAAAUGAUUUUGACCAGCUCGAGGGACAACGAUAAAGCGUCCAAAAUCCGGUGGAGUGGCAUGCAACAAAUAUUGGAGGAGGCUUGUGCAGAUGUGCUAAUCAUCAUGGAUGCUGCUUACUAUCCAUCCUCCAAGAUUGUACGGCGAAGGGGCGUUUUGGAACUCCUUGCAGCCUCAGCAUCCGAAGAUCACGCUGCCUCUCUUGGCCGUUGUGCGUUUACGCGAGCCCUGUCGGAGCUUUUGGGCGCUCGGGCUGCCCGAUCUGUACCUCUGUCCGUGGUAGAACUGCAUGCAUUACUAUUGUCACACUAUCCCAAGAUUGUCCGGGACAGCGCCCCCGAACGCGAGACAAUCACGACGUUUCCUGUUCCUCUCCAUACCAUGAUGUCUGGCAAUUCAAGAUUGCCAUCGGUGUUUCUCUCUCCCCUCUAUGAACACAGCCCGAUACGAAACAGUUUCUCCUACGAAAGCAAUCCGCAGCUCCAUCUGUCAAUCCGGCUGACUGACGACAAUGUUGACAUUGAAAGUUGGAACGAGUGGCUCCGGCUGAUGCCCGACGGGGUUGAAGACGUGAAGAUUGACGGUCCUUUUUGA